GGGAGCUGUCCAGUGCUGAAGCCGCGCCGACAGCCAAUCGCGCCGGCCGGCCGCCUCCCCCACCGGGCCUCCAGUGCCCCGCGAGCCCCCCGCCCGGCGGCACCAUGCCGCGUUCCUUCCUGGUGAAGAAGAUCAAAGCGGAUGGCUUCCAGUGCAGCGGGGUGCCAGCCCCCAUCUACCACCCCCUGGAGACUGCCUACGUGCUGCCCGGUGCCCGCGGGCCUCCAGGGGACAACGGUUAUGCGGCGCACUGCCUGCCCCCCAACGGCUACGAUGGCGGCGAGCAGAAGCCUGGGCUGGAGCUGGCGCCCGCCGAGCCCGCAUACCCGGCCGCGGCGUCGGAGGAGUACAGCGACCCCGAGAGCCCGCAGUCCAGCCUGUCGGCGCGCUACUUCCGCGGGGAGGCGGCCGUGACCGACAGCUACUCCAUGGACGCCUUCUUCAUCUCCGACGGGCGCUCGCGGAGGCGCCGGGCUGGGGCCAGUGGGGACGUGGCGGGCGCGGGCGACGCAGGCGAGGCCUUCAAGACUGAUGCCACACCGGUUCUCUAUCGUCUGGCUGCCUACCCAGCAACUGUGCAGCCACACCUAACAGUCUAA